AUGAAGUGCGACGAAGUCAAGCCUGUAUGCGGAAACUGUUCGAAAGGCAACCGAGCAUGCGUCUACCCAGAUUCUGCGAGUCCUGCGGAGGUGACCAGUGCUGGACCGCCGACGGUUAGCGAUGAGGAGGCGGCGCGUAGGCAGCGGCACAUGCAACAUGCAAGCUUCGCCAGUACCUCCGAUGCACAAGAGAUUGCGGCUCUACCACCAGGCUCCGGUCCUCCUGGAGACGACGCUACUCACACCAUGAGCCCGCGGAGCAGGUACACUGCCUUUACAGCUGACGGAUCUGAGAUAGCACCGCUGCAAUGGUUCGGCCUGCUGGCUCACGAUGCUUCAGACGUCAAUCUGGACUUGCCGCCUUUGGUUUCCUCCGACGGUGUGCCCAGAAGCAGCAGUGCUUUACGCACAUCGACAGAACCUCCACGACAUCAUGCAGCAGGCAGCCCAGCAGUGACAAGUGCGCAGGAUGUCCCCGUCGUCUCGGCCUCCGUUCCUAGAUCCGCAGAGCUUCUUGUCGAUGAAAAAAAGCGGUGGCAAUCUCCAGGGCCUAUAGAGCUGCAGGCCCAUAAGCAUGGCAUGUUCCAACGAUUUGUCACAUGCAUCAGCCUCUGGAUAGACCUCUUCGACCCUCUGAAGCACUUUUCCACAUUUGUGCCACACUUGGCGCUGCGAAAUGAAGGGUUGAUGAAGGCACUGCUGGCUCUUGGUGCACGACACCUUUCUAUCAAGCCAAGCGAAGGCCGAGACGCUGGUGUCGACCAAACGGCAGCUGUCCAAUAUUACUCAGAGACACUUCAGUAUUUGCAAUCCGCCAUGAGGUAUACGUCCUACAAGAGCAGCCUCGAGCUGCUGGCCACUGUGCUCAUAGUCUCGACUUACGAGAUGAUAGAUGGCGCUGGCAAGGGCUGGGAGCGGCACCUCAAAGGCGUCUUCUGGAUUCAACGCAGCCGGGAGAUCAACGGCGAGUCAGGUGGAUUGGAGCAGGCGGUUUGGUGGGCAUGGCUGCGACAAGAUGUCUGGGCGGCUUUCCGUGAGCGGAGACGAUGCUUCAGCUUCUUCAGGCCUACUAAACCGUACAGCGAGAUGAAUAUUUGGGAUGUGGCGAGCCGCGUGGUGUACAUCCUAGCACAGGUCGUCAACUACAGCUCUGAUGAGGAAAAGCUGCAAGGAGAAGACGAUACAGCUGGCCGAGUUGACAAGGCGAAGACACUUGUCGAUAUGCUGGACGAGUGGAGAGAGAACACUAGUGUCCAUUUCCAACCGUUGCCGGCUCAGUCUUCAGGAGAUCAACCAUUCAAGCCAAUUUGGGUACACCCAUCAGCAUUCGGAGCGGCCAUGCAGAUGUACCAUGUGGCGCGCAUACUGCUUCUCGUGGAUCAACCAGCAGCUGGCGGGUCUGUGGAAUCCUACAGUCGCAGUUAUACCAUCGGCGAGUCUGUCAACGCUAUCGCCGGUAUUGCUCUGACUAUGACAGAAGAUGCAUCUCGAGUCAUAUCUACGCAAUGCCUUUUCGCUGCGGGACUUCGUUGCACUGACCAGGAGAAGCGCGAUUUUAUUGCCAAUCUCAUCACCGACCAUACUCGGCACACGGGGUGGCCGAGCAAUACCAACUUGGCUGAAGAACUCCAGAGCGAAUGGUCGAAAGGCUCCAAAGGAUGA